AGAAGUCUAGUCCAGGAGGCCAAAAGUUUGAAUAUUCCACAAAAUCUUUCGAAUGGUUAGUUAUUCGUUAAUUCAGGUAUAUAUACAUGUUCAUGGUCUGUUGUUUCAACUCGAGUCCACAUCAAAAGUUUCGAAUCCCAACAGAACUAACACAUCAUCUCCACGCUAGAAACACAUGCCCUUCAAGGUUUCUUUAAUACAAAGACGAGCCGACCUGAGAGCAGCAACAGCUGUCGAAGUUACAAAGGAUAGAAAUGGAGUCGAUCAGGUUGUGCUUCGAAACCGGCGAGGGGCUUCAGCUCGGGUUAGCUUGUAUGGGGGACAAGUUCUCUCAUGGAGGACUGACCAGGGUGAAGAGUUGUUAUUCACUAGCAGUAAGGCAAUUUUCAAGCCACCAAAUCCAGUGAGAGGAGGAAUCCCCAUUUGCUUUCCUCAGUUUGGAAACUGCGGAUCGCUGGAGCAACAUGGGUUUGCAAGGAAGAAAAUUUGGGCGAUUGACCAAAAUCCACCACCAUUUUUACAACACAAUGAUUCCAACGACAAAGUCUAUACUGAUCUACUACUUAAGCCAUCUGAAGAGGAUCUAAAGAUCUGGCCACAUAGUUUCGAGUUUCGGCUAAGGGUGUGUUUGACGGUAGAAGGGAAUCUAACCAUGAUAUCGCGCAUCAGGAAUAUCAAUUGCAAGCCAUUUAGUUUCUCAAUUGCUUUCCAUACAUAUUUCUCCAUCUCAGAUAUCAGUGAAGUAAGAGUAGAGGGGUUGGAAACUCUUGACUAUCUUGACAACCUUUUCCAAAGAGAACGCUUCACAGAACAAGGAGAUGCCUUGACAUUUGAAUCUGAGGUGGACCGGGUUUACCUUAGUUCUUCAGAUGUGAUUGCUGUUUUUGAUCAUGAGCAGAAGAGGACAUUCACCAUACGAAAGGAAGGGCUUCCAGAUGUUGUGGUUUGGAAUCCAUGGGAGAAGAAAUCCAAGUCCAUGGUAGAUUUUGGAGAUGAAGAGUACAAACAGAUGCUUUGUGUUGAUGGGGCAGCAAUUGAGAAGCAAAUUACAUUGAAGCCAGGUGAGGAAUGGACAGGCAGGCUAGAGCUCUCUGUUGUGCAUUCAGGAUGAUGAAGUUGCUACCCUCUUGACAAAUCGUUGAUGAAAGGCAUAUUAUACAAAUAAGCCACUUAAUAUUUGCAUGCUGGCUCGUACGAUUAUACAAAUAUUUAUUUCAUUCUGUAGUUCUUGUGCAGAAAAUAAAACCCAUAGUCACUAAUUUCUGAUGUGGUGGCUGGUAGUCUGAGUGGAGAUAUUUGUUUUAUUGUUUCUCCAUUGUAGCAAUUACCAAAAAAUGAUGUGCAUCAAACAUAUGUACCCCCAAGAAUUGUAUAUACUUAAUUACAAGAUUGUUUGGUUA